GGAAGUGUGAACAUCAGAAGGUUGGAUUUAGUGGUUUGUUGUGGCAGACCUCAAAACCUUUUCCGGGAACAGACAAAGAGAUUGACCAGUUCUACCAUCUCCAGAGUGUCGAGGGAUGAAAGCCAUGGCGUAGAUGACUUUUCUUCAGCAACAGACAGAACAGCUAGCGACAAUGGAGGAAAUCAUCUGGCAAUCCCCGAAAUUGAGAAUCGCCACGGCUGCUGGAUGACGAAAGACCCACUCGAAAUGCUCCAAUUGACGUUUGUGGAGUUGGCCAAUUGAUGUCAACUCGGUGACUACCACUACUACACCAAAACGACUCCAUCAAUCAGCUGAUGAUCAGUUUCUUUCGAGACCGCCAGGUGGCCAUCGUCGAGUUCUUUCAUUGGUCUACCGUUGUCUGCUUAAUAAAGAGCGGAAAACUGUUAAUAACGUACACUGAAGUAAUAUACGGAUUAGUUAGAACCCCACGUUCAAAUAUAUUCACGUGUGGUGAACAAGCCGAUCUUCUUUAAGCAUGGAACAAUUAAUUCCUGUCAUCAACAAACUGCAAGAUGUUUUUCACACAGUCGGAGCCGAUACGAUUCAGUUACCACAGAUUGUUGUUGUCGGCACGCAGAGCUCAGGAAAAAGUUCAGUCAUUGAAGGGCUUGUAGGCAGAACAUUCUUACCGAGAGGAACUGGAAUUGUUACACGACGACCUUUAGUCCUGCAACUUAUUUAUACCCCACUAGAAGAUAAAGAACAUCGCUCUGCAGAUGAAGGGACACUACACUUGGAAGAAUGGGCAAAGUUUCUGCAUCUGAAAAACAAAAUAUUUACAGACUUUAGGGAAGUCUUGAGCGAAAUUGAACAUGAAACUGAUCGGGUAGCAGGGCACAACAAGGGAAUAGCCCAUGAGCCCAUGAGCUUGAAGGUUUACUCUACUAAAGUAGUCAAUCUUACACUUGUCGAUCUUCCUGGAAUCACAAAAGUUCCAGUUGGGGACCAACCAGAGGACAUUGAAGCAAAGAUUUAUGAACUUAUUUUUAGUUUUGUCAGCAAUCCCAACAGCUUGAUUUUGGCUGUCACUCCAGCCACGACAGAUUUGGCUACUUCUGAAGCCCUCAAACUUGCAAGAGAAGUUGAUCCAGAGGGAAGGAGAACCUUAGCUGUCAUGACCAAGUUAGAUCUCAUGGAUGCAGGAACUGAUGCCAUAGAUGUCCUGUGUGGCAGAGUUAUUCCAGUUAAACUCGGCAUUAUUGGAUUAGUCAACCGGUCUCAAAAAGACAUACAAAAUAACAAGAGCAUCGAAGAAGCGUUAAAAGAUGAAAUGAGCUUUCUCCAGCGCCGCUAUCCCACUUUGGCAACCCGCAACGGAACGGCCUACUUGGGGAAAACCCUGCAACGACUCUUGAUGCACCACAUCCGCGACUGCCUCCCUGAGCUCAAAACAAGAGUCAAUUUGAUGAUGUCACAAUUUCAAGCGCUACUUCACUCGUAUGGAGAUCAAGUCAGAGAUAAAAGUCAAACUUUGCUUCAAAUCAUCACCAAGUUUGCCUCGUCGUAUUGCGCCACGAUCGAAGGCACGGCCAGGAAUAUUGAAACCACCGAACUGUGUGGUGGUGCGAGGAUUUGUUACAUCUUCCACGAAACGUUUGGAAGGACUUUAGAUUCUAUUCAUCCACUAUCUGGUUUAACCACAUUAGAUAUACUCACUGCUAUUCGCAAUGCAACAGGUCCCAGGCCUGCCUUAUUUGUCCCAGAGGUUUCUUUUGAAUUGUUGGUGAAACGUCAAAUUCGUCGCCUCGAAGAUCCUUCGCUGCGGUGCAUUGAAUUGGUUCACGAGGAGAUGCAAAGAAUCAUUCAACAUUGCGGCACGGAAGUUCAACAGGAAAUGCUCCGCUUCCCUAAACUUCACGAGAAAAUUGUUGACGUAGUCACUACACUGUUGAGACAGCGUCUUCCUCCCACCAACAUCAUGGUUGAAAACCUUGUCGCCAUUGAGCUCGCUUAUAUCAACACCAAACACCCCGACUUUCACCGUGAAGCUUCGCUCGUAUCGACGCUAAUGCAUUCUCACAUUGAAGAGCCUGUCUCUCAAAAAGUUCAACCAUCCAGACAAGUUUCGUCGAAAAAACAACCAGUGCUCUUCCCUCCGGCUAUUCCCAACGGCGAGGCUGCUUCUCCGUCUAGAGAAAUUCGCGUUCAGAAGACAUCAGUCUCGUUGAUUGAUAGCAACGGUGGUGGUGCUCCUUUUGUACAACAAACCAAUUGGCUGAGCAAUUUGCUUCCGGCCGGACGAGAGGACUUGAUGAUGAACGAUAAUUCUGGUGAAAACACCCCGGCCGCGACGCCUACUCAUCACGCAUCACCCGUUCCACUUCAGAACCCUUUCGGGCAUCAGAAACCGGUGAAUCUGCUCUCGGAAGCUGUGCACCAACCCGAGCGAAAGUUGUCUGAGCGAGAGAAGAGGGAUUGUGAAGUUAUUGAGCGACUGAUUAAAACCUACUUUUACAUCGUCCGUAAAUCGAUCCAAGAUUCCGUGCCGAAAGCUGUGAUGCACUUCCUGGUCAAUCACGUCAAGGACAACUUGCAGUCGGAAUUGGUAACUCACCUCUAUCGCCCCGAUCAAAUUGAUUUAUUGCUGGCCGAGUCGGAGCACAUAGCUCAGCGCCGCAAAGAAGCUGCGGAUAUGCUCGAGGCACUUCAACGAGCCAGCGUGAUUAUCGGCGAGAUUCGGGAGACCCAUUUUUGGUGAAGUUUAUACUCUCUCUAAAUUCUUUUCGAUUGUAGUGUGCUCUCCGUUAUACGUGAUCUAGUCUUUUUUUCUUCUUCUGUCACUCGAUCGCUCAUACAAAAAAAAAAUUAAAAUUUUUCUAGGGCUCCCCCCCCCCCCUCCUUUUUUUUCGUCCAGUUGUAGUCUGUUCCCAACUAUUUUGCGAAUUAGACAUCUGAGAGAUGGGCAUAGAAUAUCGUAAAAUCUCCUCCAGUUAGUAUUUUUCAUUCCACAUUUACAAAUGUAGUCCGAUGUAUGUUAUUCUUUUUUUUUUAAUUAUUAUUUUCAGUACAAUAAAAUAAUGUUGAAAUGA